CAUAAAGAUUGUGGAUAAUGGGGGAAUGAAUUAUUUAUUGACAUUGAUUCGUUGAAAAGAAAAAGGAAGAAGAAGGAGGGCAGUGCACGUAAAAGGAAAUAGAGGGUUUUGUGAUGGGCAAUUCCUUCGGAUGUUCGGCCUCCGGCGAGAGGCUGGUGUCGGCGGCCAGGGACGGCGACUUGGUGGAGGCCAAGAUGCUUCUGAGCUUCAAUCCCUGUCUCGCCAAGUAUUCUACCUUCGGUGGCCUCAAUUCCCCUCUCCACUUCGCAGCUGCCAAAGGCCACAACGACAUUGUGGCAUUGUUGCUGGACAAUGGAGCUGAUGUCAAUUCCAGAAAUUAUUGUGGCCAGACGGCCUUGAUGCAAGCUUGUAGAUAUGGGCAUUGGGAAGUUGUACAGACACUUUUGCUCUUCAGAUGCAAUGUUAUGAGAGCUGAUUAUCUUACUGGGAGGACAGCACUUCACUUUGCAGCUGUGCAUGGGCAUGUAAGGUGUAUUAGACUUGUUGUGGCUGACUUUGUACCAAGUGCUCCUUAUCAAGCUCUAAAUGCCUGCACGGAUGUUGACAAGGGUGGUGGAUCAAAUGUGAAAGGCAAACAUGAGCAAAGUGCCCUGUCCAAGUUUGUAAAUAAGGCUGCUGAUGGUGGUAUCACUGCCCUUCAUAUGGCUGCGUUAAAUGGGUACUUUGAUUGUGUACAACUGCUGCUUGAUCUUAAUGCAAAUGUGUCUGCUGUGACAUUUCAUUAUGGAACAUCAAUGGAUUUAAUAGGUGCUGGAAGUACUCCAUUGCAUUAUGCUGCUUGUGGGGGCAAUUUAAAAUGCUGUCAGAUCCUUGUUGCACGAGGUGCAAGUCGGAUGGCUUUAAAUUGCAAUGGGUGGCUUCCUCUUGACAUUGCUAGGAUGUGGGGGCGUCAUUGGCUUGAACAAUUACUGGCACCUAGUUCUGAUACCACAAUACCUACAUUCUCUCAUUCAAAAUACUUGUCCUUGCCUCUUAUGAGUGUGCUCAACAUAGCUAGAGAGUAUGGAUUGCGAUCAUCUGCUUCCUCCUCGGAUGAGAUUGACUUUUGUGCUGUAUGCUUGGAGAGGCCAUGUUCAGUGGCUGCAGAAGGAUGUGGACAUGAGCUUUGUGUAAGAUGUGCACUCUAUCUUUGCUCAACAAACAAUGUUUCUUCCGAAAUGCUUGGCCCUCCUGGCUCUAUUCCUUGCCCCCUUUGUAGACAUGGAAUUGUAUCUUUCGUGAAGUUACCAGGUUCCCAAGCAAAAGAAAAUAAAUUACACGUGUCCCUUGGCCUGUGUACCCCAUGCAUGCUACAUCCAGGUGACAUAGACCGGCCAUCCCUUUCUCGUACACCAGAGAUUGGAAGAAAUCGUGUAGCUUCUGUUCCUUCGGAGAUACUCUGCCCCGUCACUUGUAGUCCAUUUCCAUCUAUGGCAAUUCCCAUGUGUACCUGCAAUGAUGGUCCAUGUCCAUCAUUUGAACCCCGUGAAGUAGAAACACAAGAUGAAUCAGCUCAUCAUUCUCAAGAAUCAACAAUGGAUCAGGAUAAAGUUGAAGGGCCAAGACUGGAUAAAACAACCUGUUCUAGCAUGUUCUGGGGUAGAAGAAGUUGCAGCAGGGAGCACCAAUGCAAUUCAGAAAUAAAUGCUUGAUUCGUGAGGUGCUUGUAUGACCUAUGCUUGUGUUGUGGAAACCUAGUACAAUUUAUAUUAACACAGCAAUCCAUAGUUGCAUUAUUAUCUAGCCUCAAAUAGUGGAACUCGAGAUAUCUCUAGAAGAGAAAAAACUGUUCUGCAGAUCUGCUUGGUCGCAAAAGCUGUAUGCUAGAAGAUAGAUACAAUUCUGGUGUUUCAGCAACAGAACCACCCUCUGGAUAUGUCCUUUUGUGAUAUUUAGAGAGCGUGUGUGAAAUUAGUUUCGGUUUCUUGAGAUUGUUAUUGUGAUUAUUGCAAUUUGUUUUUCAUUUUAUCAAAGAAAAAAGUGUCUUCCAAGGGGAAAAGAAUAUCGUAUGCUUGUUAUAGCAUGUAUCAUGUUAGGAGAAUCUGUAUAUUAUGCUUGCCAUGAAUUUAUAGGUUUACAGAGCACAAAUUUGGAGACUGAAACUUGCUGAUGCAGUUAUAAAUACCUCUUUUUAUGGACUUGAGGGUUUCUAUCA